CGGAAACAUAUUUUGUCCUUACGCAAUUGAAGAAAUCAAAGUUACAGGAUGCGAAGAAUAAACCGUAACCCUAUCUCUCAUUUCAGGAAAAACAGAGAAAUCGAAGAGGAAUGAAUCAAAUUUCAGCAAAAAGACUACCUGAGUCUCUUCAUAACCAUAGAUCGGACUACCUAUCUCGCUUACUGUUUCGAUUAUUUGCUGUUCCUGUUUCCGUUAAUUCGUUUUUAUUGAAUGAGAUUACAAUUUUCUGGAUAUAAUGUGUUUAUUGGAUUCUAUCAUCCCUAAUGUACGCCGAUGAAAGACGCGAUUUCCGUUGUUGCUUAGCAUGAAUGUAAACCAUUCAAAAGCUCGAUUCGAUUGCUAUGGAGUAUUUGAAUUGACAAAGUAUUUAACAACUUCAACUACUUAUGUUCAUUCGGGGAUAAUCAGCUGCAAGUAUAACAAAAAUGGGUUGAUGUGGUUGUUUUGUGUUUUCAUUUGCAAACAAAAUCAGAGGCCAGGGAUAGAGUUCGAAAAUAAGAAGAUAGCAGGUCUUAUUAAAUGAAGAGGUGGAAGAAAUAGAUGAGGAUUAACAGGAGGAAGAAUUCAAUGGUAGUUGAUGUAAGAUGUAUUUCACGUAUAGAGGACUUGAAGAUGGAGAUGAAGAAAAGAAGCGGGAAAAAACAAAUUUGGGGGUCUGGGAGAUUGACACGUGGCACUCUUCUACUUAUUUUCUUCAGCUGCGACUCUAAUGGAGGAAGAGUUAUAUUACACGUUUUGAGGAAACGGACGUCCUUAAUGAAGGGUAGAACCGAAACUUCACUUUGUCGACUCAAGGAGGGGGAAGAAAAACAAAAAGAUUGGCUUGGGGGUGGGACUGCAACGAAUCGAGAGGGAGGAGAAGGUGUAAGAGGCUAUGAAAAUUGGAUCAAUUGUUGGGGCAAUGGUGAUACUUCAACCUUUACAAGACUUGAAGUGAGAGUUGGUCACAUAUUUGGUAAAGGUUUGCUGGUUCAUAUUAACAUAAUGUUUAUGGAAGUGGUGGUGGUGGUUGUUGAAACAAUGACAUCGCUUCCCUUACUGUUAGGUAGUACCUGCAUCUUCAUAUCUAGAUCUUGGAAAAUAAACCCACGGACUCCACUACAGAGGAGUGGAGGUGGUGGUAGCUUCAGCCUUCAAGUAAUAAAAUUUAGACAUUGGGUUGUCAUAUACUCAACAUUGCUAAAUGAUGGAGAGUAUGACUGGCCUACAAUAUGUGAUAUCUGGUUUAGAGCCGGCUCCAAUACCAGAUGGUUUGGAGCCGAUGACUUAGCACUGACACAAACAACAAGUCUUCCGUCUGUGUGUUGUGUGUCUUCCUGUUUGCCCUCUGUUUCUCGGUCGUUCUACACUGACACCGCCCCCACUAUAACGACCAUCGCCACCGGCGCAAAGGCUUUUAGGUAUCGGCUAUUUCAUGUUUUGCCUACAACCAAGGAUCUAGUAGGAACAUCAAUAGAGCCUAGGAAAGAAGAAAGCCACCAAAAAAGGCUGAUUUGUAGGACUAAUGGGUCGAUAACUGUAAGAACGUGGAAGCAAUCGAAGCAGAAGUUACAUAACUGCGAACGUGGGGAAGAAGAAGAAGGAACGUGCGAAGGAAGACGGCUGAGCCAGAACUACUUAUCGAAGAGCAAACCCAUUGUUACAACGGUUCUCAUGAACGAUCGGAGAGCUUCUAAAGAUUAG